UAUCGAAGAACGCAAGCAAGCAAAAACGGGUCGAAAAUCGCUGGCAGUGCAGUUUUUUAUUCGCGAUAUCUCCGCCUGGAACAGGGUGAAAAACAGGUUUAUUGUCGUGUGCGCGUCCGUCGCGGAAGUGUAAUCAACCUACCGGAACCGCCAAACCGCCGGGAUUCGCGAAACUCACUCCCCAAGAAACCAGGCACUUUCUAAAAAAGUGCAAAUUUCUCCUUUUCGUCCUCCUCCCUGGAAGAGAGCAGGAGGAAGAGUCCCGACGUCGGGGGAACCAUCGGGGAUCGUGAGUGACGGAGUGUGCGCGCGCGGGGGAAAGGCAAGCAAGCAAAAAGAUGGAAGCCCUCAUACCGGUGGUGAACAAGCUGCAGGAUGUGUUCAACACGGUCGGCUCGGACGCGAUCCAGCUGCCCCAGAUCGUCGUGCUCGGAAGUCAGAGCUCCGGCAAGAGUUCCGUGAUCGAGAGCCUGGUCGGGCGCACCUUUCUGCCGCGUGGAACCGGCAUCGUGACGCGCCGUCCGCUGAUUCUGCAGCUCGUGUACACACCGCUCGAUGACCGGGAGCACCGGUCGGCGGACUCGGGCACCGUCGGGGUUGAGGAGUGGGGCCGGUUCUUGCACAUUAAGAACAAGACGUUUACGGACUUUGACGAGAUUCGGAAUGAGAUCGAAAAUGAGACGGAUCGGAUGGCGGGAAGCAACAAGGGGAUUUGUCCGGAGCCGAUCAGUUUGAAGAUUUACUCGACGAAGGUGGUGAAUUUGACGCUGGUGGAUUUGCCGGGGAUAACGAAGGUUCCGGUGGGGGACCAACCGGAGGACAUUGAGGCGCAGAUUAAGGACUUGCUGCUGAAGUAUAUUGAGAAUCCGAACUCGAUCAUUUUGGCGGUGACGGCGGCCAACACGGACAUGGCGACGAGUGAAUCGCUGAAGAUGGCGAAGGAGUGCGAUCCGGACGGGCGGCGGACGCUGGCGGUGUUGACCAAGUUGGAUUUGAUGGACGCGGGCACGGAUGCGAUUGAUAUUUUGUGCGGGCGGGUGAUUCCGGUCAAGUUGGGGAUAAUUGGGGUGGUGAAUAGGUCGCAGCAGGACAUCAAUGAUAAGAAGGCGAUUGAGGAGCAGUUGCGGGACGAGGCUGCGUACUUGCAGCGGAAGUAUCCGACGCUGGCGACGCGGAAUGGCACGCCGUAUUUGGCGAAGACGUUGAACCGGUUGUUGAUGCACCACAUCCGCGACUGUUUGCCGGAUUUGAAGACGCGGGUGAACGUGAUGGCGUCGCAGUUCCAGUCGCUGUUGAACUCUUACGGGGAGGACGUUACGGACAAGAGCCAGUGUCUGCUGCAGAUUAUUACGAAGUUUGCAUCGGCUUACUGCUCGACGAUUGAGGGCACUUCGAGGAACAUUGAGACGACGGAGCUUUGUGGUGGGGCGAGGAUGUGUUAUAUCUUUCACGAGACGUUUGGCAAAACGCUGGAUUCGAUCCACCCGUUGACUGGGCUGACCAAGAUGGACAUUUUGACGGCGAUCCGGAAUGCAACCGGUCCGAGACCGGCACUGUUUGUGCCGGAGGUCAGCUUUGAACUGUUGGUCAAGCGUCAGAUUCGUCGCCUGGAGGAACCUUCGCUGCGUUGCGUCGAGUUGAUCCACGAAGAAAUGCAACGUAUUAUUCAGCACUGUGGCACAGAGGUCCAGCAGGAGAUGUUGAGGUUCCCCAAGCUGCACGAGAAGAUCGUGGAUGUUGUGACGCAGCUGCUGCGACGUCGUCUGCCCACCACCAACGUCAUGGUGGAGAACCUGGUGCAGAUCGAGCUCGCGUACAUCAACACCAAACAUCCGGAUUUCCACAAGGACGCCGCCCUGGUGCCCAGUCUGAUCAAAACCGACUCGCAGGACCCGUGGGGACAGGUCCACCAGCCCGGCAAUCCCCCGAGCCGACGCGCCCUCGCACGACCCGCUCCCCAACCGCCGGUCCCGGCCCGGCCAGAACAACUGCAGCAGCAACAGAACCAACACGCGGGCGAAUCGUUCGCCUCGCAUCUUCCCUCCAGCGCCGCCAACUGGCUGUCCAACAUUCUGCCCCCGGAGGCGACCCUCGUCAACGAAGCGUCGGACAGCGUGGAAAGUUCCACCACAAACACACCGACGCACGGCGUCCUCAGUCCGCUCAAGCCGGUCAACCUGCUGCCGGACGUGCCGAUUAAUAACAACUCGCGCAAGCUAACGGACAAGGAGCAGAAGGAUUGCGACGUUAUUGAGCGUCUAAUCAAGUCGUACUUUUACAUCGUGCGCAAGUCCAUCCAGGACUCGGUCCCGAAGGCGAUCAUGCACUUCCUGGUCAACUUUGUCAAGGACAACCUGCAGUCGGAGCUGGUGACGCACCUGUACAAGUCGGACUCGGCCAACGAGCUGCUGAACGAGUCCGACCACAUCUCGAUCCGGCGCAAGGAGGCGAGCGACAUGCUUAAGGCCCUGACGCGUGCCAACCACAUCAUCAGCGAGAUUCGCGAAACGCACAUGUGGUAAGGCGCGUCCACCGAGCAGAACUUCGUGACGAGAAACAGAAAAAGUUGCAUUACUAAUUCAUUCUUUUUUAAAACGCCCUCCCUGUUUCGCAUGGAAACUUAUUUCUUUUGUACGUUUAUCCCUUUUUUUACUUGUUUUGUUUCUUGAUUCCUCCAUCAACCGAUUACAUUUACCAAGUGCAUUGAAUAACUUACUUUUACAGAACCGUCACUUUAGUGCUAUUACAAUUUAAGAGUGUACUUGAAGUUAAAUAACUAAGUUAUUGAAGAAACUAUUAAAAACCUCACUGUUUAGUAUCUGCACCGACAACCCCUCUUUCGACUUAUAGUCUGAAACCUAUCCAACGACGAUAUUAGGAGCAAACCUGUCCUGUUGCGCUUUUUCUCCCCCUUAUCAAUUGUUUUGCUCAAACUUUCAACGUUACUACUUUUAAGCAAAACGCGUUCGAUGAACGGCCAAAGAAAUCCUAACCAUCAACUUCUUUUCUCUUAACCCGAGGGGUGCUAAACCAGACAAAAACGCAAACCAAACCCUUUACUGAGCGAACGAAAGACAGCGCGCGAGCUCGCACACGAAAAGCAUUUGUGUAAUUUGUAGAUUUCACUCACACAGUUUGGUGAAGUACAUAAAACAAACUGUUUUUGUUGACUAGUUAAAUCGCUUGUUGUUUCACCCAAAAAAAAAAAACUAUUCGGCAAAUGUAGUGGGAAAAUUAAAAUUGCAUUAAAAUAGAACAUUCAAGCACAGCUCAGCCCAGCGUAUUGAAAGCACCAGUUUUAGCAAACUCCACGCAAAGAAAUAAUUAUUCGUAAUUGAUAAAAAGUAAAUAACCAAACAUCAUCUAACACAAUAAUCGUAGAAAAAAACAUAAACAUUUAUGAUAUCUGGAGGCGAGAGGAGUGUAGAGCUUCGUGUUUGCGCAUUCUCUGAUAUAAUUGCAUUAAAAAGAAACGUUACUGAAAAUAAAGAAAGUCUGUGGUCUGAAAUCUUAGUGAAAA